AUGACUGAGAGCAACAGACCACAAGAUGAUUCGAAGACAGUGGUGACACCGUGGGAAGUAGUCGCCGAAGAGGGAAAACUGAUCAACUACGACCACAUCAUCGAGCAAUUCGGCUGCCAGAAACUAACGCGUGAUCACAUCACUGAUUUGGAGAAGUGUCUGGGAGAGAAUACGCAUCCACUGCUGAGAAGGCUCCUCUGCUUUGCUCACAGGGACUUUGAUAAAAUCAUUGAGCUGAUUAAAGAGAAGAAGAAGUUCUACAUGUACACAGGAAGGGGGCCAUCAAGCGAAUCAAUGCACAUUGGACACGCUGUUCCGUUCCUGCUUUGCAAGUACUUCCAGGACGUGUUCAAAUGCCCCAUUGUGAUUCAGAUAACUGAUGAUGAGAAAUUCAUCUUCAAGGAGAACCUGACUCUGGAAGACUCCAUUAAGUACGGAAUGCUGAACAUAAGGGACAUCAUUGCAUUUGGAUUUGAUCCAAAGCUGACGUACAUCUUCUCCAACUACAAAUCAAGCAGUAUUUUUGAGAAGAAUACACUCAAGAUCAGCAAGUUGAUCAGCCUGAACGAGGCAUUCAAGGUCUUUGGCUUUGGAAUGAAUUCGAGCAUUGGAAUGGCGCAAUUUCCAGCCAAGGAAAUAGCACCGGCGUAUUCCAGCUCAUUUCCAUUUCUUGAGAAAAACACGCCUGUUUUGAUUCCAGCAGCAGUUGAUCAGGAUCCGUAUUUCAGGCUGGCGAGACACAAGGCCAACAUUCUGGGCGAGUUGAAGCCAACUUCGCUCUACGUGAGCCUGUUGCCUGAUUUGCGUGGCCCAAACAGGAAAAUGAGUGCUUCUGAUGAGAACUCGUCUAUUUUUCUGUCUGACACCCCUGAGGAAAUUGAAAGGAAAAUCAGAAAACACGCAUUUUCAGGCGGCCAGGCCACGUUGGCCGAGCAAAGGGAGAAGGGCGCGUGUCUCGAUUCAGACGUAUCGUAUCAGUAUCUGAAAUACUUCAUGGAAGACGAGGAUAGAUUGCAUGAGAUUGGUAGGAAAUACAGUAAGGGAGAAAUGUCUACUGCAGACAUCAAGACAAUAUGCGUAGAAGAAGUACAGCGGUUUGUUAGGUCGUUCCAGGAGAGUCGAAAGCGUGUUAGUGACGAUCAGGUUGCUGAAUUCAUGGAUUUGAGUAAAAAGUGA